AGCUGGCUCAAAGUCUAGAAGCCGAGAAGACGCCGCCAUGGGCGGAACUCAGGCCCGCGAGGAGGAACUUCAGGAUGAUGUUUUUCCCUGGUUUCAUUUGAUCCAGUGGAGUGCAGAAGAUGCAAGCAACAACCGCAUUUUUCACUAUGACUUGGCCGGUGCACAAGAGGCAGCACGUGCAUUGACCAGAGACACCGACAGCUUUCUCCGACUUUGUCCAAGCAGUUUGCCGCCCAAUUCAGGCUUCACCAUGGAUGACAGCACCAACUUCGCUGAGUGGGCGGGUGCUUUGCUCGAAUGGAACUCAGAGCUCCGGAGGGUCCGGUUUGAGCUGGUACCACGAAGGUUGACCGAAAACGGCUUUUGGAGCCGAUAUUUCGCAGCCUUGCGCCGGGAAAUUCAGCAGCUGAUCUUUCACGAUGAGGACACCGAAGAGGGACAACACCCCCUGGCAAAUGGAGAUGGGUCUGAGUCUGGUGGUUGAGCCACUACAGGAGGCGCAGGCGGGAGUUGGCUGGAAGAUUGCUGUCUCGGUGUUGAGGCUAGAUUGAAGGUGGGCGUCUCCUUUUUGCCAUACUUACAGCGCCGGAUUGCUUGACAUGCAGCGCCGAGAAGGUUGCCCUGGGGAUACAGUACAUCUAUGUGGCCACAUUUCCCAGCUGCUCCAGCAAGAGAAGCCUUUAUUUGGCUUGAGCCGUCACAAUGUCAAACGCCAGCUGAAGGGCGACGGAAGCACUUGUCAGGCCUGGAGAUGGACCGUGAAGCUUCUGAUGCUGGCUUUUGUCUCACAGUUGUGAGUGCUUGGGUCAAAUCUUACUGUCAAGUGAUCAGUACUCAACACUCGGCCCGUAGCUGGAGG